AUGUGUGACGCUGCAUUUUCCUGCGCUUGUGAUCAUUUGCUUCCACUAGCCCGUGAUCACUUGCUUCCACUCUUGAAGGAAGCAUUCAACAUGAUUAGGGGUGUCCCAAAAGAAAUUGAAGAAUUGAAAGAUGAACUUGAAAGAAUUGAAGUCUUCAUCAACGAUGUGGAUAGAACAGCUGAUGAUGUAGAAGACAAGAAAAUCAAAGACAUGAUCAAGCAGCUGAUAGAAGCAUCUUUUCACAUUGAAGAUGUCAUUGAUGAUUAUAUCUUUCUUGAGGAACAACAAUCUUCUGAUCCUGGAUGUGCUACUGGAGCUAUUGACUUGGUGAAAACUAAGAUUCUUCGUCUCCAAAUUGCUGACAAGAUUCAGAACAUCAAAUCCAGAAUUAGAGAAAUAAAAGAAACAAGUGAAAAAGAUCAUGGCUUCCACAUCCAAUCUUCUUCGGAUAAACCAUCAAGUAGUUCUGCAACAAACAGAAAUGCCUCAUUAUUGCAGAACCUUCGAGACGCUCCAUUUUAUAUGGAUGAAGCUGAUGUUGUGGGAUUUGAAGAGCCAAUAGAGAAACUAAUUAAUUGGCUGGUAGAGGGAAGAGCAGAUCGCACAGUUGUCUCCAUUAUUGGAAUGGGAGGACUGGGGAAAACCACUCUAGCCAAGAAAGUUUUUGACAACCGAAAGAUCGUUAAACACUACAAGAAAUGUUGCAUUUUGCCAGGGGCAGAAGCCCUAGCAAAAUGCCAAAAGCCGUGGCAAAUGGAUGUUUGUCAGGGGUUUUGCCAGGAGCUGAAUCACCAGCAAAUCUGCUUGUCGCAAAUGACUCUGCCAGGGCUUUAG